CUCAACCUUCGUCUCCCCUCAGCUUCAUCUCAAUUGUCGAAGGAAACAAGCUAGAAAAGUCAUCACGAUGCCUGCGGAUACCGUUGGAAAGACAAUUACCUGCAAGGCGGCCGUCGCCUGGGAAGCAGGCAAGGACCUUAGCAUCGAGGAUGUUGAGGUCGCACCACCGAAGGCACAUGAAGUCCGCAUCGAGAUCUACUACACUGGUGUCUGCCAUACCGAUGCAUACACUCUCUCCGGCAAGGACCCUGAGGGCGCUUUCCCCAUCAUCCUCGGGCACGAGGGUGCUGGUAUCGUCGAGUCGGUUGGUGAAGGCGUCACGAGCGUGAAGCCUGGCGACCAUGUCGUUGCGCUAUACACCCCCGAAUGCCGCGAAUGCAAGUUCUGCAAGUCCGGAAAGACCAACCUCUGCGGCAAGAUCCGAGCCACCCAGGGCAAGGGCGUCAUGCCCGACGGUACCUCGCGCUUCAAGUGCAAGGGCAAGGAUCUCCUCCACUUCAUGGGCACCUCCACCUUCUCGCAGUACACCGUCGUAGCCGACAUCUCCGUCGUUGCCAUCACAGAUAAGGCCCCCAUGGAUCGCACCUGCCUACUUGGCUGCGGUAUCACGACCGGUUACGGUGCUGCCGUCAUCACUGCCGGUAAAGGCGGCGUUGAGAAGGGCUCCAACGUUGCUGUCUUCGGUGCUGGCUGCGUUGGUCUUUCUGUCAUCCAGGGUGCUGUGAAGAAUGGCGCGGGCAAAAUCAUCGUCGUUGAUGUGAAUGAUGGGAAGGAGCAGUGGGCGAAGAAGUUCGGCGCUACGGACUUUGUGAACCCGACAAAGCUGAGUGGCCAGUCCAUCCAGGAGAAGUUGAUCGAGAUGACCGACGGUGGCUGCGACUACACCUUCGAUUGCACGGGUAACGUCAAUGUCAUGCGUGCGGCAUUGGAGGCUUGCCACAAGGGAUGGGGAGAGUCGAUCAUCAUCGGUGUCGCUGCUGCCGGACAGGAGAUCUCCACACGACCCUUCCAACUCGUCACCGGCCGCGUCUGGAAAGGCUGCGCCUUUGGCGGUGUCAAGGGCCGCACACAGCUCCCCGACCUCGUUGACGACUACAUGAACGGCAAGCUCAAGGUCGAAGAGUUCAUCACACAUAGGCAGCCCCUCGACAAGAUCAACCAAGCUUUCGCGGAUAUGAAGGCUGGUGACUGCAUUCGGUGCGUGGUCAAUAUGAGGGAGUGACUAGGUGUGGAUAGAGCGAGAUUGUGAGUUGAGGCGAGGCGUUGUGUGGGUGAGUUGAGGCGAGCAUGGGGUGGCGUUGUUAGAGACUGUAAAUGGGAGAGGCAGAGCGAUCUGUGGGGCUGAGGUUGGGCUCUUUCGAUGUGUAUGUAUUUUUGGACUACCGUAUGGGACGAGGAGGUUGGCGACUGUGG